CGAAAGCUAAAAAGUAAUCGAUUCGGACAUAUGUCAGAUUUUUUGUUACUACGGUGGAGGAUAAUGUAUAAUUUCCUAUCAAAUAUUUGUAUCAACUGUGGCGAUUGAAAGGCUGUUUUAUACCAAUUAAAGACUAAACGUGUUUAUUUAAAACUAUAUAACAUAAUUAACAUUAGUUUAAAUGUAUGACGAUAACAUACAGGAGAAGAAUUGAGAAAGCGAGUGCAAACGGACACAUCAAACCUGCAGCAGUGACGUGUACAGCCACUUCCGGUUCUGCAGGAAAAACACUCGUGAAGUUUGUGAACGGGGAUGCGAGCACGAGAUGGGCUGAACAGAACCGCUUGAGCGAAAAUUAACCAAAAGAUUCUGGUAUCAGAGAGAGGUGGAAUGUGUAGUGUGACGAGAGGGGGACAUGCCUUACGUGGACCGGCAGAACCGCAUCUGCGGUUUCCUGGACAUUGAGGAUGUGGAGAGCAGCGGCAAGUUCCUACGGCGGUAUUUCAUAUUGGACACGCAGCAGGGCAGUCUGGUCUGGUACAUGGACAACCCCCAGAACCUGCCUGUAGGUUCCAAACACGUGGGAUCUCUCAGUCUCGCUUAUAUAUCCAAAGUCAGUGAUGCCACCAAACUGAGGCCAAAGGCUGAGUACUGCUUUGUUAUUAAUGCAGGCAUGCGAAAGUACUUUCUGCAGGCUAAUGAUCAGCAGGAUCUAGUGGAUUGGGUCAAUGCACUCAACAACGCGACCAAAAUCACGGUUCCUAAGUCUUCAGAUGGAGUUCAUGCUGAGAGUCAGAAAUUGGCUUCUAAUGGCAACAAGACACAGGGCCCUUACAAGUUGGAGAUUAUUGCAGGAGUGGCUGUCCUCACACAGACACAGGAUGGAGAGGCGGGGCACGGAGUUGCGGGAGAGAAAGUGGCCUUGAGAAAGACUCCCAACCAGCCGCUGUAUUUACAAAGUAGAGCAGCGCAGAGUCAUAGCAUGGUUAAAGCGGGAUACUGCGUCAAACAGGGUGCACUGAUGAAGAACUGGAAACGGAGGUAUUUCGUUCUGGAGCAGAACUCCAUGAGUUACUUCAAGUCUGAGCAGGAGAAGGAGCCUUUGCGGAUUAUUAUUCUGAAGGAGGUCCAUAAGGUUCAAGAAUGCAAACACAGUGAAAUAAUGAUGCGAGACAACCUCUUUGAAGUUGUUACAGCAUCCAGAACAUUUUAUAUCCAGGCUGAUAGCCCUGAGGAGAUGCACAGCUGGAUCAAGGCUAUUUCAGGAGCCAUAGUGGCUCAAAGGGGCCCGGGCCGUUCUGCAGCCUCUAUGCGUCAGGCCAGAAGGCAUUCAAGCCCUUGUAUACAGAGGUACACACCACGUGUCACUCAAGGCAACACGAGCACAUUGUUGGCAGUUCCUGUUUCUACCGCCAGCACACGGGUCACAUCGGCCCCUGCUCGCCCAGCCCUGCCAUGUCUGGUCCCACGAGGGCUAGCAUGGGACAGCGAGCACUUCAUGAGCCUGCUGCCCCGCCCCCAUGCCCGGCUGUCACUGCAAGAAACCCGCCUCUCCAAGUGACACAUGAAUCGCCGUGGCGUCGUCGCAGCAGCUUCGGGAUGUGCGACGCGCCAUCGCUCCAACUCGACCUGGAUGGUGUUGAUCUGCCUGUCAGCGAAGUCUAGAUAUUAUAAACGUUAAAACUUUGACCUUUGACCUAGAGGCCCAACUGGAUUCAAACUGACUGGACGUAACCUCACGACCAAAAUCAGAAUUGUGAAAUUAACCAUAUUCAUUUACACUAGUGAGCGACACUACGACAAACAGACACCAAAGAUUCCAGACCCUCAAGUUUCUGUGUUGAUACAAGAGCAGAAAGUAAAGAUUAAAGGAAUAUUUAAACCGAAAGCAGAAGAAACAGUGAACACUUUCUUAUGGUUUUGGACAUGUGAAAUGAAAAGACGGCUGGGAAUAUGUUGGAGGACUGUGACUAAAUGGAUGAUGAUUCCCCUGCUAACCACAGGCAGGAAGAGGUUGAUUUAGUGCUUGAGUCCAGAAAUUCCCAAAUGUUUCAUAAGCUUUUCUUGUUUUUUUUCUCCUGAAUAGAAUCCUAAUGACUCUUCUGUGUACUGUUAAUGUGACUAAUCCUGUGGACUAAGCUGGGGUUUAUUUUGACUGACCGUCUAUUUACCUAAUUUUUAUCUAAUCGUAUACAUGGAUCUGGGUGAUUUUUUUUGUAACUGUAGUACUUGUUUGUCUCCAGUAGACAUUUGUGGAUAAAAUCCACUGGUUUGUAUAACUUAAUGGGCUGUAUACAGUAAGACUGAUUACAUUAAUGCUGUGUAUUUGUCCCAGUUCCAUUUUAUUUUAGUAGCCAUUCAUUGUGUGUGUGCCGUGUGCGUUCCAUCUGCUUUCAAAUUUAUCAUUUGGUUGCCUUGUGUUAUUGGGAUUUAAAAAUGACUACUAUGCCUGUUGACAAAAUACUUUUCAGUGUGUUUUUAUCUUUGCACUGUGAUCUGUUUUUCCCUCUAACCUAAGUUACCUUUUGAGGUCCUGAAGGGCUGUCUAAAACAGUCCUUGUGCCUUUUUUAAAGAGGUCUUUAACCCUUUUCUUGUUUUGUGCUUUAACAGUUUUAAUUUUGGUUGUUUGAAAUAUUUAUUAUGAGACAAUGACAAAGCAAUAAACCAAGUUCAGUUGA